UCCCAGGCGCGCUCCGGACCAUGGGUUUCCUGGAGACCGCGCUCUGGACCGUGCUCCAUGCGCGCACCCUCCUGCUGGGCGCUGUCGCCUUCCUCUUCUUUGCUCAUUUAUUCAGAAAGCGGCGCCCCAAGAACUGCCCACCGGGGCCCCCGGGUUUACCCUUCCUGGGAAACUUAUUACAGAUGGACUUUAAGCAGCCGCACGUGCAGAUUCAGCAGUUUGUGAAGAAGUAUGGGAAUGUUAUAAGCAUGGAGUUCGGUGACAUAUACUCAGUCCUUAUAACUGGACUGCCCUUGAUCAAAGAGGCCCUUGUCCACCAGGACCAUCACUUCAUAGACCGCCCUGUGACCCCUAUCCGCGAGCAUGUCUUUAAGACAAAGGGAUUGAUCAUGUCCAAUGGUCAGACAUGGAAGGAGCAAAGAAGGUUCACCUUGACAACAUUAAGGAACUUUGGUUUAGGAAAGAAGAGCUUAGAGGAACGUAUUCAGGAGGAGGCCCGCUACUUUGUCCAGUUUAUAAAGGAAGAGAAUGGACAACCUUUUGACCCUCACUUCAAGAUCAACAAUGCAGUUUCCAAUAUUAUUUGUUCAGUCAUCUUUGGCGAGCGCUUUGAAUACCAGGAUGAAAAAUUUCAGGAGCUGCUGAAAUUGCUGGAUGAUGCCAUAUGUCUCGAAACUUCUGCCUGGUGCCAGUUCUGUGAUGCAUUUCCAAUAAUGAUUGAUCUCUUGCCUGGACCCCAUCGGACACUCUUUAAAUACUGGGAAAAACUAAUGAUGUUUGUUGGUCAAGUGGUUGAAAACCACAGGAAAGACUGGAAUCCUGCCGAAACCAGAGAUUUUAUUGAUGCUUAUCUCAAGGAAAUGGAAAAGCAUAAAGGUGACGCCACUUCCAGUUUCAAUGAUGAAAACCUCAUCUACACCACCCUGGACAUCUUCUUUGCUGGCACUGAGACAACGUCGACGACAUUGCGCUGGGCCCUGCUCUACAUGGCCCUCUACCCAGACAUCCAAGAAAAAGUACAUGCUGAGAUCGACAGAGUGAUUGGCCAGACACAGCAGCCAAGCAUGGUCCAUCGAGAGUCCAUGCCCUACACCCAUGCAGUGAUCCACGAGGUGCAAAGAAUGGGAAACAUUGUCCCCUUAAACGUGCCCAGGGCAGUAACAGCAGAUACCACCCUGGGUGGACACCACCUGCCCAAGGGGACCAUGGUCUUAACCAACCUGACAGCUCUGCAUAAAGACCCUGCGGAAUGGACCACCCCUGACACAUUCAAUCCGGAACACUUUCUGGAGAACGGACAGUUUAAGAAAAGGGAAGACUUCCUGCCUUUCUCCAUAGGAAAGCGGGCAUGCCCUGGAGAACAGCUGGCUAGGACUGAGUUGUUUGUUUUCUUCACUUCGCUCAUGCAGAAGUUUACCUUCAGGGCCCCAGACAACGAGCAGCUGAGCCAGAAGUUCAGGAUGGGCCUCACCAUUGCCCCUGUCAAAUACCGAAUCUGUGCUCUCCCCAGGGCCUAGGGGCCCAGGGACGGGAGGAAAAGGCCCUGGGAAGGGGUGACUGCUGAAGGCCUGUGGAGAGGCUCCACGGGACCCUGCUUUGUAGAGUUCUUUGUAAUCAACACCUGUGUGCUUCAAAAACAACUCCUAAUAAGGAAACAGGAUGUCUUGCCACGCCCAUAAACUGUAACUAACCUAUCAGAUGCAGACACGUGGGAGUAAGCAGGCAGCAAGAGGUAUAUAAGGGGGGAAGUCACCUAGCUAGUGGGUUCUCCCUCAUGCGUCCCCCUUUCCUCCUUCCUCCUCGUCCCCAUUCCCGUUUUCAUCUCUAAUGCAUGAGAAAGUUCCUGAAUAAAUCGCAGCCAAAAGGAUCUCCGAGUUGCAUGAUUCUUCGCUGGACGAAGCGGCGCGCGACAAAGGCCUAUGUCUGCUCAGAAGCUGGAGUCACAUGAAAGAGGACCUAAAAGAAGAUGGAGAACUAGACUCAAAGGACCCCUAUACCUCCACCAUCAUCACCAAAUCCCAGAUUUUCCAGAGUCCCCACCAGUGCAGCCAGGAAUGACUUAUCGAUUCUCACAGGACAUGAAAGGAGGCCAUGAUUGUUUCUCUAAUGAGGAACUGACGUAAAGGUCAGAGCAUGUCACAGAUCCUAAGGGGGUUGAGAAACCAUAAAGCAGUCUGAAAAGUCACAGCUGGAGUCUGCUGCUUCCUUCCUUGCACAUGUAUUCACUGUGGGCUGCAGAGAUGAAUCAAAUCUCUUGGGGUAUAGACCGUUGGGAGGAGUUGGACCCUCCCAGGGAUGCCUCAGUUGAUAUUGACCUUAAAGGUCCUCACAUUGUAGCUCUGGGCACUAUCUAUCUUGUUCCUGCCUCAGCCUGGCCUUCAAGAAAGCAGCAGUUUUACUUCAGUUUCUAUGAAGAAGUCAUUUCUGUGUUUCACCUAAGGGAACUCGAUGAGGACCAGGUGGCCACAAUUAACCCAACAUGGGAAGCUAGUGGAAAUCUUUUGUCUUUAAGGAUAAUCCAUUCCCUUAAAUAUUCUGCCAACACUGUAAUCCCCAAAUAGUGCUCUAUGUGGUGGAUAUAAAGUUUUUCUAAAAAUAAAUUUUAAGCUUUUAAAAUUGAAAGUAUUAGCAAUGUAAACUCAACUGAACCUGGCAGCAGAGUUCUAUAGCUCAAGAAGAUUUCUACCUACGGGCCACAGCAGGUGAAGAAACAGGAUCUACUGCUUCCUAGAUGCACCCCCAAAUUCUGUCACUUCUCAGGGCUGGAGCGAUAGGACAGCGGGUAGGGCAUUUGCCUUGUGUGCAACCCACCCGGGUUCGAUUCCCAGCAUCCCAUAUGGUCCCCCAAGCACCGCCAGGAGUAAUUUCUGAGCGCAUGAGCCAGGAGUAACCCCUGUGCUUCGCUGUGUGUGACCCAAAAGAAAAAUAAAUUGUGUUACUUCUCAUUUCCUCCUCAUUUUCCUGCUUGCUGCUUCUCUCUUCUUCUCCACCCCAUCU